CUCUAAUAGCCUAUCACAGACGAUGUUCCAUUUGAUGUUUCUCCUGAGAUUGUUGGCUAACUCAUAACCCAAUCAGAACUGAACAAGGAGAUCAACAAAUCCUGGCGGGAUAGACUAGACACUUUACUGUGGACAUGGCAUAUCGUGCAUUAGAAGGCAGUGAAGUAGGCUACUGCAGCACUGUCUACUGUCUUUGGUUUCACCGAAGGCUCUCCUUAACCCUCUUUGUACAUAUGAUAACAUAUGUCGAGUUUGUGUGAGUAUGUCGAGUAUGUCAGGAAAGACCAAUAACACAACAGUCCGAUAGGCCAAUCAAGAAGAAGGCUAUGACGUACUUGGCUCUUUUCUACUGUCGCAUACUGAUGACCUGAACGCGCUGGAAAAUGGCGGCUGUGCAAGACGGGCCGAUAGAGUCGGAGAGUGAUAAGGAAACAAAGACAGAUGCGUUGAACGAUGGAGCUGGAAAUAUCACAGGUAGUUCGACGGGAGUUCUGUCUUCGCCGCCCAAUGCAACCUCCUCAGCCACAGGCGCCGCGAAACCCAUGGCGCCGCCGCCGCCUGGACCCGAGGACCAGCAAACAUUGCUAGCCGUGCUGCAGUACCUCAAGAAAAACAACUUGUUGGAAUCAGUGGAUAUUUUGCGUCGAGAAGCAGGCCUAUCAGAUGAUGAAGACUCGCAGGGCACUGACGGAUCAGGUUCUGCAGCGAAUGCUGACGAAGGUGGGGACGCAAACUCCCUUCUUAACCGGGUGUCCAUCGCUACCCCAGCCCCCGUAGCAGUUCCUGCCGCGCCGCCCCCCAAAGCAAGCGGAGGGGAGGACCAGCCAGACGUAAAUGUUGUCCUGUCAGCGUACAGUCAGCAGGGGGACCCAGCUCUGUAUGACACCUAUUACACCGGUCUGAAGAACUUCAUAGAGUCAGUAUUGGAUUGCCACCGAGCCGAGCUUUCACAGCUUUUCUACCCACUCUUCGUUCACAUGUACUUGGAGCUGGUCUACAACAACCAUGAGCAGGAGGGAAAAACUUUUUUUGAUAAGUUCAGCGGCGACCAGGAGUGCUACUACCAGGACGACCUGCGCGUGCUCUCGAGCGUCAGCAAGCGGGAGCACAUGCGCGGCAAUGAGACGCUGCUGGACUUCCGCACCAGCAAGUUCGUGCUGCGCAUCUCGCGCGACUCCUACCAGCUGCUCAAGCGCCACCUGCAGGAGAGGCAGAACAACCAGAUCUGGAACAUCAUCCAGGAGCACCUGUACAUCGACAUCUUCGACGGCAUGCCGCGCUCCAAGAGCCAGAUCGACAGCAUGUCCGGCAGCCUGGCUGGGGAGGCCCGCAGGGAGGCCAAUAAAGUCAAGGUGUUCUACGGCCUCCUGAAAGAGCCCGAGAUCGAAGUGCCUUUGGACGAUGAGGAUGAGGAGGCAGAGAACGAGGAAGGCAAACCCAAGAAGAAGAAGCCCAAGAAGGACAGCAUGGGCAACAAGAGCAAGAAGCAGGACCCCAACGCCCCUCAGCAGGCCAGAAUCCCUCUCCCGGAGCUGAAAGACUCCGACAAGCUGGACAAAAUCAUGAACUUGAAGGAAGCCACCAAACGGAUCCGCCUGGGUCCCGAAGCCCUGCCCUCCAUCUGCUUCUACUCCUUCCUCAACGCCUACCAGGGCCUGACUGCAGUGGACUUCACAGAUGACUCCAGUCUAAUAGCAGGGGGCUUUGCUGACUCCACCGUCAGAGUGUGGAGCGUCACCCCGAAAAAGCUACGGAGAGUCAAGUCUGCAGUCGACCUGAAUGUGAUCGAUAAGGAGUCGGACGACGUGCUGGAGCGUAUAAUGGACGAUAAGACAGCGAGCGAGUCCAAGGUCAUGUAUGGUCAUACUGGACCAGUGUAUGGCAUCAGCUUCAGUUCGGACAGGAACUACCUGUUGUCCAGCUCGGAGGAUGGCACAGUGAGACUAUGGAGUCUUCAGACCUACACGUGUUUAGUCGGCUACAAAGGACACAACUACCCUGUUUGGGACACACAGUUCUCUCCUUUCGGGUACUACUUCAUCUCUGGAGGACACGACCGAGUAGCUCGGCUAUGGGCCACCGACCACUACCAGCCUCUGCGCAUAUUUGCGGGGCAUCUGGGUGAUGUCACCUGCACCCAAUUCCACCCUAACUCAAACUAUGUGGCCACGGGUUCGGCUGAUCGUACCGUUCGCAUGUGGGACGUCCUGAACGGCAACUGUGUUCGCAUACUCACUGGACACAAGGGGCCCAUACACUCCUUGGCCUUCUCUCCGAACGGUAAGUUCCUGGCCUCGGGAGCCACGGACGGCCGCGUGCUGCUGUGGGACAUCGGCCACGGCCUGAUGAUCGGGGACCUGAAGGGCCACACCGACACCGUCUACGCCCUCAAGUUCAGCCGCGACGGGGAGAUCCUCGCUUCAGGUUCCAUGGACAACACAGUUCGCCUGUGGAAUGCCUACAAGGCGUUUGACGACGUGGAGACAGACGACUUCACCUCAGCCACAGGUCACAUCCACCUGCCUGAGAACUCCCAUGAGCUCCUGCUGGGCACCUACAUGACCAAGUCCACGCCAGUCAUCCACCUUCACUUUACACGACGCAACCUCCUACUGACGGCAGGGGCCUAUAAUCCUCAAUGACCCCGUGUAUUUGUUCCCCCCCCCCCCCUUGUUUAUUUUACCUUAGGACGAUUCAUUUUUGUACUUACUCACAAACACGAUGUGAGGAGUGCUUAUCUGCAUGAAGUGAUCAGGUCAAACAGACUCAAAGUGCUAACAUCUUUUUAACGGUAACCGAGUGCGUGUUGGAUAACUUUUUAAAUCUAAAGUUCGGUUGAAAUGGUUGACUGGCUGGUGGAUUCGGGGAGGAUGCCAUUUUUAAAAAAAUCUUCCAGGAGUGAUCCCUGCUCCCUUUUAAGAUGGCAAACCAAUGUUUCUCUCCUCAAUGUGAAAUAAGAUUCAUUGUCAUCUGCAUACAUUGUUUUUAUACUGGUCCCAUGGCCAUUUCCCCCCCCUGGUUUUCUUGGUUUACAAAUGCUACAUUUAUUCAUCACUGCCAUUGUCCCUGACUUCUGCCUCACUGUGUACAGACUUUUAUAUGCUGGUGCCCCUUAUGUAAAUAAAAACAAUUUUUUUCUACAA